AUGGAAGGUGUUUCAGUAAGUGCAUACAAAGGUUUGAAAGGAUACUGGAGAAGAAGAGGCUACCAAAAACUCAAUGGCGGGUCGAAGCAAAGAUGUCGUGGCAACAGUGCUGAGGGGUUGGAGAGAAGAGCACCAUCGUCAAACCGGAGAAGACGGUUUACGUGGCGGAUUAAGAUUACACGACCCAAACUCCGAUUCUUUCGAGUUAAUUGUAGGUUGAAUGCAAGGGAAGUGUUUCAACGUUUUAGAGAUGCAUAUGUUAGACUGAUGGUCAGUUUUGCAAAAUCAAGAGUUUUUAUAAAUGGGUUUGGUGGUGGUGGUUCAGGUUCUUCAGUUGGCUAUGGGUUGGGGAAGCCUCAUCAGUAUGAUGAAAAGACUAUGGUCGAGAUCUAUAGGUCUAUGAUUGCACAGGGUCAGUUGGCCGUCACUUCUCGCAAUUCAGUGGUGAUGGUAUAA